AUGCUCUUGUCAGAGAGAAAUAAAAGUGGAGCCAUAUUCACUCUCCUGGGCUUCUCGGAUUAUCCAGACCUGCAGGUUCCCUUCUUCCUGAUAUUUCUGGCUGUCUACAGUGUCACUGUUGUAGGGAACCUUGGCAUGAUUGUAAUCAUCAAAAUCAACCCCAAACUUCACACUCCCAUGUACUUUUUUCUCAGUCAUCUCUCAUUUGUGGAUUUCUGCUAUUCCUCCAUUGUUGCUCCGAAGAUGCUGGUGAAUUUGAUAGUAGAAGAUAGAAGCAUUUCAUUUUCAGAAUGUGUAGUCCAAUUCUUUUUCUUCUGUACAUUUGUGGUAACGGAAUCCUUUCUAUUAGCAGUAAUGGCCUAUGAUCGCUUUGUGGCCAUUUGCAACCCUCUGCUCUACACAGUUACGAUGUCCCAGAGAUUCUGUGCUAUGCUGGUGGUGGGGUCCUAUGCCUGGGGAGUAACGUGUUCCUUGAUACUCACAUGCUCAGCUUUGAAUUUAUGCUUUCGUGGUUUCAACACAAUCAAUCACUUCUUUUGUGAGUUCUCUUCACUGCUUUCUCUCUCUUGCUCUGAUACGUUUCUUAACCAAAUGCUACUUUUCAUCUUUGCUACCUUUAAUGAAGUGAGUACAUUGCUCAUCAUUCUUACCUCUUAUAUGUUCAUCGUUGUCACCAUCCUGAAAAUGCGCUCAGCCAGUGGGAGGCGUAAGGCGUUCUCCACUUGUGCCUCUCACUUGACUGCCAUCACCAUCUUCCAUGGCACCAUCCUCUUCCUCUACUGCGUGCCCAACUCCAAAAACUCCAGACACACUGUCAAAGUAGCCUCUGUGUUUUACACAGUGGUGAUCCCCAUGCUGAAUCCCUUGAUCUACAGUCUGAGGAAUAAAGAUGUCAAGAGUACAGUCAGUAAGAUAUUGGACACUAAAGUAUUUUCUCACUGA